AUGCUGGCGAUGUCUUCCAAACAUGAACUGAAGAAACUCUCGGAAGAAAGCUUAACACGGCAGCCGGAUGAGGUGUUCGACAUUAUUUGCAAGCUGGGCGAGGGUAGCUAUGGCUCCGUGUACAAGGCACUGCACAAGGAGAGCGAACAGGUGCUCGCCAUCAAGCAGGUCCCCGUCGAUACCGAUCUGCAGGAGAUCAUCAAAGAGAUCUCGAUCAUGCAGCAGUGUGACUCACCGUACGUCGUCAAAUACUACGGUAGUUACUUUAAAAACACGGAUCUCUGGAUCGUGAUGGAGUACUGUGGCGCCGGUAGUGUAUCCGAUAUAAUGCGGCUACGCAAGAAAACCCUUUCCGAGGACGAAAUCGCAACCAUCCUGAUCGACACGCUGAAGGGGCUGGAGUAUUUGCAUCUGCGGCGCAAAAUCCAUCGCGACAUCAAGGCGGGCAACAUACUGCUCAACUCGGAAGGCCACGCCAAGCUGGCGGAUUUCGGUGUUGCCGGCCAGCUGACGGAUACGAUGGCGAAACGGAACACGGUAAUUGGCACACCGUUCUGGAUGGCACCGGAGGUAAUCGAGGAGAUCGGGUACGACUGUGUGGCGGAUAUUUGGUCGCUGGGCAUUACGGCGCUCGAGAUGGCGGAAGGGAAACCACCGUACGGGGAUAUACAUCCAAUGCGAGCCAUCUUCAUGAUACCGACGAAACCGCCACCAUCGUUCCGUGAUCCCGAUAUCUGGUCGCCGGAGUUUAUCGAUUUCGUAAGCCUGUGUUUGGUGAAGAAUCCGGAGGAACGUGCGACUGCCACCGAUCUGCUGGCCCAUGAGUUUAUUGGCAAUGCCAAACCGUGCAGCAUACUGAGCCAAAUGAUAGCGGAAGCGAAAGAAAUUCGGGAAAACCAAAGCUACAGGCAUGCGGCUGCCAUUAGUCAAGCUAACAAACAGCUGCAGAACAAUAGUAAUAACGCGAAUGGGCAUGACGGUGGUGAUUCGGACGAUGAGGAUCAGGUGAACUCGAGGACGAUGAAGGAAUUUCCUGCCGACUGCGGUACGCUGGUGCCGGGUCGUGGAGACGAAGGUGACGGUACGAUGAUUGCGCACGCCGAUUACGGUACGCUGGUGCCCGACAAUGGGACGAUGGUGGAGCUGCAAUCCAACCUGGGCACGAUGGUGAUCAAUUCCGAUUCGGAAGAAUCGACUAUGAAAAGACAUGAUACAAAUCCGGAUAAACCGAAAUAUAGGCCCCUGUUUCUUGACCAUUUCGACAAGAAAGAGGCGGAAGCUGCCAGUUUCGGUAAUAGCAAGGUUGCCGCAGUAAACAACCACCACCAUCAUCAUCAACUGCAAUCGCCACCAUCCGCGAUGAGUUCGUUCGACGAUGGAUCUCCGUCGGUCGAUAUGCAAGCGGAACAUUCGCCCGCCUUCAGCCCACAGACGACACCGAUCGCCUCGCCGCAACAACCACACCUUCCACAGCCUUUAGCAACAUCACCACAGCAACCUCAGCCGCAGGUGCAGAAGAUCGUUAGCAAUCUGGUUGCACCGGCGGCACCCGCAGCGCAAGCCUUUCCAGCCACGCACAGUCCGGUCUCUCCGUCAGCACCACCGAUGACGCAAAAUUUCCAAGACCACCAGCAGCAUCAACACCAGGCACUGCAACAGCAACAGCAGCAGCAACAGUUCAAUGAAGAGCGACAACGAUAUCAAUCGCAUCUACAACUGCAAUUGAAUCAAAUCUCCGCCGUUAGUCCCAAUAUGCAUCAGAUGCAGUUUUUGCAACCCACCGCGGCCGAGUAUGAUUCGCUUAAGUUUAUGAAUUACGAACAGUUGGAGCAACGGUUGGCCAGCUUAGACAAGGAAAUGGAGAAAGAGCUGGCGGAAACAAAGAAGCGUUACACCUCAAAACGCCAGCCGAUUCUGGACGCGAUCGAGGCCAAGCAACAGAAGCGACAGCAGAAGCUGGAAGAGUUCUGA